AUGGUGUCAAUCCCUAACUUACCCCUACGUAUCGCUGUAGUCCAGUUCGCCCCAAAGAUUGGCCAAAUUCGAGGAAACAUAGCCCGAGCGACGGAACUAUGCAAAACAAUUGAACCCAAGUCGGUCGACCUUGUAUGCCUCCCUGAGAUGAUUUUUACAGGAUACACAUUUCCGGAUGCGACUUCAAUUUUACCGGUGCUCGAGGAACCCUCUUCAGGUCCUACUUCCAGAUUCUGCGCUGAAUUAGCAGAAAGACUCCGCUGCUACGUAGUCGCGGGGUAUCCUGAACGUCUUCGCCCUGAGGUCUCUUCAGGCGCUGGCGAUGAUCAGCAUGUCGGUGCAAACAGUGCUGUCAUGUAUGGCCCCAACGGUGACUUGAUCAACAAUUACCGUAAGACCAACCUAUACGAGACAGAUACAACUUGGGCCAAAGCGGGAACGGGCUUUGCUACAAUCAAGCUCCCUCCUCCUCUUCGAACAGUCUGUUUGGGCAUAUGCAUGGAUCUUAACGCGCAGCCACCAUAUGACUGGACAAUAGAAGAGGGACCGUACGAACUCGCCAGUCACUGCCUUGAUAGCAAAGCCGACCUACUCAUCUUACUGAAUGCAUGGCUGCAAUCGGAAAAGAGUAGCCAAGAGGACGAUACAGACUGGAGUACUCUUAACUUUUGGGCUGCAAGGCUACGACCACUCUGGGCCGAAUCUGACAAUUCAAACGACAAACCUGUCCUCAGUCCUCCCGACGUACGAAGAACCGUUGUUAUAGCGUGCAAUCGAAGCGGGGAGGAGAACGGAGUCAAAUUCGCGGGCAGCUCAGCGUGCUUUGACAUGAAGGUCGGGUCAGGUCGUCCGAGAUUACUGGACGCGAUGGAGAAAGAUGAGGAGGGAGUCCGUAUCUGGACAUUCCCUCAGUGA